CUAGCAGCUGAGUGCAAUGCAAGCACAGCAUAUUGUGUGGAUGCAGAUGGGUGAGUGGGGAGGGCUGUGAUCCCAGAGGAGUACGGUGGGGAGGGUCGGGCUGGCCGUUAUAUAAGGUGGUCAGUGUAAGGGGUUGCUUGUUGCGGAAAGUGGAGGACUCCGUUAGUUCCAGGAUGGGGGACAGAAAGCGUCUGCAGGACUGGAGAGACCAGAUGAGUCGGGAGUUGGACAGAGUCAUGGAUUUCUGGAUUCGGCACUCUGAAGACAAAGAAUACGGAGGUUUCUUCACUUGUCUUGGCCAAGAUGGAACAGUAUACGAUCCCCUGAAGUACCUUUGGCUACAAGGCCGGCAGGUUUGGAUGUAUUGCCGUCUUUACAGAAAGGUGCCCAGGUUCCAGAGACAGGAACUGCUUACGUCUGCCAUUGCAGGAGGCGAGUUCCUUCUUGCUCAUGCUCAACCCUCCGCUGACUCCCUAAAAUGCGCCUUUGUGGUGACACGUGACGGUCGUGCAGUAAAGGUUCAGCGCACAAUCUUCAGCGAGUGUUUUUUCGUUAUGGCAAUGGAUGAGCUGUGGAGGACCACACAUAAAGAACAGUACAAGAAGGCAGCACGAGAGAUGAUGGACCAGAUUGUACAUUGGGUGAGAGAGGAUCCAUCAGAUUUGGGAAGGCCGGAGCUGCCGGGAGCUGAUCCUGUGAAUGGCAUGGCGGUGCCAAUGAUGCUGUUAAACCUAGUGGACCAACUGUGUGAGGAAGAUGAAGAGGCAGCAAAGAAAUAUGAGGAGCUGGAAGCCUGGAGUGUGGAGAGGAUUCUGCAGCAUAUACAGCGUGAUGGUCAGGAAAUUUUGGAGAACGUAUCUGAAGAUGGAAAGGAGCUUCCAGGGUGCAUGGGCCGGCAUCAAAACCCCGGACAUGCCCUUGAAGCUGGCUGGUUUCUUCUGCGCCAUGCCAUCAGACACUCUGACCAUACUUUGAGACAGACUGCAGUGGAGAAGUUUGUGUUGCUGCCAUUUCACUCAGGGUGGGAUCAAGAGCAUGGAGGUCUCUUCUCCUUUCAAGAUGUGGACGGGCAUUGCCCUACACAGCUGGAGUGGAGUAUGAAGAUGUGGUGGCCACACACAGAAGCUCUGAUUGCUUUUCUGCUUGGAUAUCAGGAGACCCGCGAUCCACGUCUACUCGACCACUUCCAGACAGUCUUUGACUAUGUCUUCACCCGGUUUUUGGACCCUGAAUACGGGGAGUGGUUUGGCUAUCUGAGUCAGGAUGGAAAGGUAGCGCUCAGCAUUAAAGGAGGCCCAUUUAAAGGCUGCUUUCACAUCCCACGGUGCCUGUAUAUGUGCGAGGAGAUUCUGUCCAGGCUUCUGGAAGAAGACAACCAAGCCACAGACUAAUUAUUAUGGACGACUCAAGAACAUUCCUAGCUGGAAAAUUGCUCCUAGUCAUUUCAAUGGGUCAUUGCAGCUUACAGUGAUUGGCUUAUAUACCCUGCAAUAUAUCUAUGGAAUUUCUUGGUGCCCACCCUUGCCCAUGCUAAUUUUUUCUAAUGGUGGGCUUUGAUAUGCUAGCUUAUGAUAGAUGCAUAAAGGUUUAUGGCACAUUUAUUUUCUUACAAUCAUCUGUAACUGUGAAGUGCUAAAGCGGGAGUUCACCCAUUUGUGUUUUUUUUCCUCUUUUCCCCAUAGC